AUGGAAAAAAGAACAGAAUGUGCAUAUACAUCACUUUUUACAAAUUUAAAAGUAAAACAAGGAGUGAUAAUAACAAAGUUUAUGUCAGAUUUUGAGUUGUCUUGUAGAAAUGCAAUAAUUAUGGUUUAUAAAGAAGUUACCUUGCUUGGCUGUUGGUUCCACUUUAAACAGGCCAUUUUUAAAAAGGUCAGUAAGUUGGGACUUUCCAAAAUUUACACAAUAGAAACAAAAGUCAACACGUUUAUAAGAUCUCUUUUCGCUUUACCAUUUCUUAGGCCACAAGAAAUUGUCGAAACUGUUCAAGAACUAUUUGAAACCAUCGAUACAAUUGACACUUCAGAAGUAAAUAAAGACAAAUUGAAAUUAUUGAUGACUUAUUUUAACAAAGUGUGGAUUGUACGUUAUCCCCCACCCGAAUGGAACCAAAGUUUGGAUUUGUUGAUGAAAACGAACAAUUGGAGUGAAUCAUUUCAUUCUUCAUUUUCUCGAAAAUUUUACAGAACACACCCAAACGCAUUUGUUUUAGUUGAAAAACUUAAAGAAGUUGAAAGAAAAGUUGAAGUUGACUUUAAUUCAUUUAUUAAUGGAAAACUUAAAAAACAAACCAAUAAUUACUAUAAUAAAUACAACGAAGAAUUAUCAGAAUUGCUCACCAAAAGAAUGAAUUUGUUUGGAAAUAAUAAAUUAUUAUUUUUAGAAAAAGUGGCAACAAUUCCUUUAAAAAUCAUUAUUUCGUUAAAAAAAGAUAUGGUUAACCAGAAAGUUGAUGUAAUCGACGAUGUACAAAACGUUCUCAAUGAAACCUCAAUACGUGAUGUCGAAGAAAUUGAUUCAUUAAUAUCAGAUGUAGUUGAUGAACCCGAUUUCAAAAUGGGAAUAUUCAAUCAUUCCAACAUUGAAAUUACAGAAUGUUCAAAAGAAAAACAAUUUAAUAAAAUGAAAAUAUUAACAAAAAUGAAAAUUAAAAAACGCAUUCAAGAAAUCCAAAAAAUAACACACAAUUCUCAAAAACCAAGAAAAAGAAUAACUGUUAAAUUAAAUAGUAAAGACAUCGAAAAUAUCGUAAGUGAACUUGAUAACAUUUCAGGAAUCCCUUUCAUUCAAACAAUGGAAUCAUCUACAGUUCAUUUUAAUAAGGAAUGUCAAACAAUAGAAAGUUCUUCGUUGAUAAACAGUUCCGUGACUAACAUGGAUGAUAGUAAAAGUGAGUUAUCAAGUAAGAAAAAAAGAAAAACUACAAUAAUUGGAAAACUAAGAAAAAUGACUUAA